AUGAAGCAUACACCCGUCCUCGCCCUGUUCCUCCUCGUCUCCUCUACAAUGGGCCUCGCGGUCCGCAAUACCCGGUUCCAGUGCCCCACCUCUCAAUUCGGUGGAUGCUGUGCUAGUAUUGAUGCCAAUAAUAUUGGCCAUGAAUGCCAAAGCGCAGGCAGCGAUAAGAUGGCUCCACCGUUUACCCAUUACUGGUGUAGCGGGCAGGGAGAGAAGGAUAGUUGUUGCCAUUAUGCGCGGUACUUGGCUCUCGUGCGGGGUAACCUCUCUAUUACGGCGUCAGGAAACGUUGAGAUCUUCUAUACUCCCAAAGACUCCAUUUCAAGGGCUUCACAAUAUGUAAUCACCGAAUCCGUUCGAUGUGUUGGGAACCUUACCUUCACUAGUGAGCACUUUGGGGCUUCUUAA